CUCACUCAUUACCAUCUCAUAAUAAUCUAGGCAUAAGCACAGGUUUUCCUGUACAUAAAUGUGAGAACAUUCUUUGCUCACUUUAAAAAAAGAACCAAGCCUGCACUCACACACUGCCCCACUGGCCAGAAACAUAAGCAGACGCUGGUCUUAUUAUAUAUAGCUCUGCGCGUAAUGUGACUCUGUUAAACUUUGCCUCGGGCUACAGCAGGAACACUUUCCAACCCCAGGUGUCAUGGCAGGGGAAGGAGUCACCAUUUCCCACUGGAUCUCAUGUCCGGUGCGGCACCAGGACCAUUUCAAAAAACGGGACCUCGGCAAGUUCACAGAAGACCACCAUCUGUUCGCUCUGGUGGGACCUGCAUGGGCGCCACUUAAAGUAGAGACUGGAACCGGAGCAGAGCCGGCCCGCCGCGAAGAUGAGGACUCCGGCGAGCCUCUGUUCCGGAUCAUGUUGGAUGUGGCCCAGUUCAAACCAGAAGAUAUUCUGAUCCAGGUGUUUGAGGGGUGGCUUUUGAUCCGAGGGCAGCAUGGGGUGAGGAUGGAUGAGCACGGGUUCGUGUCGCGCAACUUCACGCGGAAGUACCGGCUGCCCGACCACCAACUCCAGCCAGGGGACUUGACGGCCGUGCUGUGUCAUGACGGAAUAUUGGUGGUGGAGAGCAAAGAGAGGUGGUGGACAGCAAGUGACUAAUGAAGUCACUAUGCUUUUGAUCACAUGAUCCGAGGAGAGACUUGAUUUUCAUCAUACUGGAUCAUUUGUUUUUAUCAUUCUACAUGCUUGGUUUUGUUUUGAGAGGUGAAAGGAAUUUAAUGAAUGUGUUGUUUGCACCGCAUAGUGUGAAAAGUAAACUGUGCCAUCACUUAGAGGUUAAGCACAAUGUAAUUACUAAAUAGAUCAUAACAUACAUUUUGAAAAACGAUGUAGAUUUCCGUUACAUAAACCAUAAAUGGCAACAUGGACAUAAUAAAUGUAUUUUAGCUUUG